AUUCAAUGUUCGCAUUUUUAUUAUUUAUUGCAUUCACUACUGCAACCAACGUUAUUCCUGAUAUCGAACAAGAAUUAAAAGACGUUGGCCUUUACGAUUUGUUUUCAAAGAAAGAGUCUAUUCAUGAAAAUGACAUAGAAAAUGAAGAAGAUAAAAAAAGUAGUUCAAACAGUGAAUUAGAUGAAAAUUCUAAUAACCAACCAGAUGAAAGCUCAAAUAAUAAACCAAAUGAAAGUUCUGAUAAUAAACCAAAUGAAAGUUCUGAUAAUAAACCAAAUGAAAGCUCAAACAAUAAACCAAGUGAAAGCUCAAACAAUAAACCAGAUGAAAGCUCAAACAAUAAACCAAAUGAAAGUUCUGAUAAUAAACCAAAUGAAAGCUCAAAUAAUAAACCAAAUGAAAGCUCAAAUAAUAAACCAAGUGAAAGCUCAAACAAUAAACCAGAUGAAAGCUCAAACAAUAAACCAAAUGAAAGUUCUGAUAAUAAACCAAAUGAAAGCUCAAAUAAUAAACCAAAUGAAAGUUCUGAUAAUAAACCAAAUGAAAGCUCAAAUAAUAAACCAGGAAGUAGUUCAGAUAAUUAUGAUAAUCUUGAUGCUGCAUCAAGUCCAUUCAUUGUUCUCUUUGCUAUUAUUGGGGUUAUCUUAUUCUAAAUUAAUUAAUUUGAAUUUAGUCUCUUUUUUAUUA